AUUUGAAUGAAGAAAUCUUUAAUCAUAGUGAUAACAAUCAUUAAGUUAGUUUAUGGGGAUUAGUGUUCUGAAGUGGCAGAUAUAGGUUUAUGUUUAAAAACAUCUAAUUUUUGUAUCAAAUAUAUAAUUUAACAGGUUAUAUUUUGGAAGCAAAUGUCCCAUACUUAUCAGCUGAUAAUUAAAAAGAUGGUGUGGUUUUAGAUAAAGUUAAUGAUAAAUGCAUGGUAAUUUAUAAUAAAAUUUAAGAGUCUUAACUUUUAUACAAGAUGCGAUUAAUUAGUAACUAAAGAAUCAUGUAAAUUAGGUAGUUGUUUAUGGGAUCCUAUGAAUUACGAAUGUUAUGUAUUAGAUUUUAUUAUUUGAAGGAAUGGGAUUAAGCACCUUGUUAAAGUUACUCAAAUUCAAUUUGUUAAUGGAAUCCAAAUUGUGAGUUAGUAAAUUAAACUCAAACUUUAGACUUACUUACUAAUUUUACAUUAAUGAACAAUGUUGAUAAUUAUUAAAAAGAUGGAAGAAUAAAAGGAACUUGGCUUUAUGAAUUUGGACAAAUUAUUUCAGUCUAGGAACAGUAAAAAGAUUAAGAAACCUAUCUUUUCACUAAAUGUUAAUUAAAAAAUCAGUGUGAAUUAAUUUAAAUUAUAGAUGCUAGUUCUGGGAUAUUUUAAUGUCAUGAAUCUGAAUUAGGAUGUUAUUUUGAUGCCUAAUAAUCUAAAUGUAUAACUAUUAGUCAUACUACUAAUUGUGCUGAUAUUAAAUGGAAAUCUAGGUGUGAGAGUGGUGCAGCACCAUGUAUAUGGUUAGGAAUAAAAUGUGUAGAAUAUAAUGAUCCUGAUAUUCCAUGUAGCUAUUUAGGAACAACUCUUUGUUUAAAUAAUGAAAAAUGCUAUUUGGAGGGAGCAAAUUGCAAAUCUUAUUUACGUUGCAAUGACUUUAAGACAAAAUAAUCUUGUGACAAUGAUCAUGGAUUUAAAUGUUAUUUUGAUGAUUAUGAGAACUAAUGUAAAUUAUUAACUACUUCUAUUCCUUGUAAAUAGAGAGGAAUAAAUAACUGUGAUUGGUUAGGAACUUGUGAAUGGAAUAAUAAUAAUGAUAAUAGUAAAUGUUAGGGGAAGUUAUUAGAUUAUUAUUGUCAAUCUUAUUCAUAAUCAGAGUGUAUUUCUGAUACUGCUUCUCCUCCUCAAUGUGAUUGGGAUUAAAACUUAUAAAUUUGUUAUUGGAAAUUUGCAUAUGAUUGUCCAAAAAUGACAUAUUUAGAAUGUGAUAAAUCUGGAACAUGCUUUUAUGACUAUGUUCUAAAUUAAUGUUAAGUAAUUUAGGCAACUACAAAAUGUGAAUUAAUGGGUUAGAUUUCAUGUUCAUUGAAAUCCAAUUAAUUAAAAAAUCUUUGUUAAUGGUCUACAACAAGAAAUCUUUGCAUAUCAAUUUUUGACUUUGCUUGUGAAGAUUUAUUAGUAGAUUUUUGUACUUAUCGGGAAAAGUGUUAUAAGAGUGGAAAUAUGUGUAAAACCAGAAAAUAAUGUCAUGACAAUAUCUAAAUUGUAGAUUGUUGGGAUGAUUAGACUUAAUCAUGUUAUUAUGAUUUCGAUUAAUAAAUUUGCAGAAGAAUUACUGCUUAUUCACCUUGUGAAUAAAUCUUUAGAGAAAAUUCUUGUAAUUAAGCUAUUUGUGCUUGGCUAAAUGGUUAAUGUCUUAAUUUAGAAGAUGUAAGUUGUAGUGAAUUAACAUUAUAAAAUUGUAAAUACUCAAGUUAAUGUUAAUAUUUCAAUUCAGAAUGUAUUCCUCUUGAUUAAUGUGGUGUUAAUGAUGGAAAUCAAGAAACAUGUAUCUUAGAUUCGCAUCAUUGUUACUACAAUCCCGAAACUAAAAAAUGUAUAUAAAUAGAUGGAUAAUCUGAAUGUAAAUUUAUAGUUGGAGCAGACAAUUGUAAUUAUGGGGCAUGUAUAAUUAUUAUAUUAUAUUUUAGGUGUUUUAUAACCUGGAUUAAAUAAAAAAUUAUAAUGUAUUGAAUACGAAAAUGCUGAUUGUUCAUUUUUAAAGAAAGAAUAUUGUAAUUUUGGAUAAUGUACUUGGAAUGUUACUUAAUGUGUCUCAUAUCCAUACAAAAUAUAAAAUGUAACUAUUAUUGAUAAUCCUAAUGUAAAAAAUAAUUCAUCUCCUACAGAUGGCAUUAUUAAUGAUUAAAAUUAAACAACAAUUUCUAGCUAUGGCCAUGAAAUCUUAUUAAUUUCAAUUCUAGCAUUUUUUAUAGAAUGAAAUCUGAUAAAAUAUUACAA